AUGAUAGUUAUCAAAAGUGCGCAGUAUGAAGUUUAUAGACAAGACAUUGAGAGACUUCAAGAUCACAAAUCAGUUGUCAAAGGUAGUCCCCUACGAAACCUAGACCCGUAUCUGGACGAUGGGGGAUUACUUCGUGUAGGAGGCAGAAUCCUUACGGGAGAUCUAAUGGCCGGAUCAAAUGGACCGAUUAUCAUUCCCAAAAAGUCACAUGUGGCGAGUCUACUUGUAAAGUAUUACCACCAAAAAUGUCGACAUCAGGGACGUCACAUUACAGAGGGCGGAGUGAGGUCAGCAGGUUAUUGGAUCAUGGGCGCCAAGAGACUUGUAUCAUCAGUACUAAACUCUUGUAUUACCUGUAGAAAACUACGCCGGAAGCCGGAAAUACAAAAAAUGGGAAACUUACCCGAUUUUCGAUGUAAACCAUCACCACCUUUCACCUACGUAGGAGUUGAUACCUUUGGACCCUGGGAAGUAUCAGCUAGGAAAACAAGAGGAGGAGUAGCAAAUUCCAAGAGAUGGGCAAUCUUAUUUACUUGUUUGGCUAGUAGAGCAGUGCAUAUAGAACUGGUGGACGAGAUGACUUCUAGUGCCUUCAUUAACUCCCUUAGACGUUUUGUAGCGAUUCGUGGCAAAGUUACCGAAUUUCAUUCAGACCGAGGAACUAACUUUGUGGGGAGUACAGAUGCACUUAACAUCAAUACUAUCAACGUAGAAUCUCAACCAGUAAGGAAAUUCAUGGUGGAAAAUGGAUCUACUUGGAUAUUUAACCCACCUUACGCAUCUCAUGUGGGAGGGAUAUGGGAGAGAAUCAUUGGAACAGCUCGCAGAAUUCUUAAUGCCAUCAUCAUGGAGUCUAAGAAGCUUCUUACACAUGAUGUUCUCAACACUUUUAUGUAUGAGACAUGUGCUAUUAUCAACAGUCGUCCAUUGGCUAAUGUAUCCAUUGAUCCAACAGAACCUUCAGUUCUAUCUCCUUCAGUGCUACUUACACAAAAGACAGAAGUCGAUUAUGGACCUUUUGAAGCAGUUGAUCUGAAAGACAUGUAUAGAACAUCAUGGAAACACACUCAAGUCCUUGCCAACCAGUUUUGGAAACGAUGA